AAUGGAAGUGAAUUACAAGUGUGGCUACUGUGGUUGGUUAUUAAAUAACUAUUGCCAAAAUUACUGGGACCACAAAUGUUUCACCGAUUUCAAUGAAAGAAGGCAUGAUCUCGUUAGUGAUCCUAAUAAUGUACUGACUGUAGUGGAAAAGCCGAGGGAAAUGCUAAAUAACUGUGAAACCGAAUGUGAAACGGAUUCACAGGAAGAACUAGAAUUGGGUUCCAACUUCGAUGAAGCAAUAAUUGCAAUGGUGGCAGAAAGAAGGGCUUUGUAUGAUUUCAAGUUGCCUUUAAAUCAAAGAACUAAAGCCAAAAAAGAAGAUCUCUGGAAAGAAAUUUCCAAUAACCUGGGAGGUGUGGGUAUUUUGCAAAUCAAACAACGCUGGAAAUAUUUGCGUGAUUCCUUUGUCAGGGCAAAAAAAAAAGUGAAAGAGUACAGACCAAGUGGAUCAGCAGGAGUUUUACCUGUCGAUCCAAAAUUUAAGCAUUAUGAUCUCAUGCAGUUUCUUGAUGAUGAUGCAGCACAUAAUAAGACUUACAGCUCAGUGCCUUCUGUACUACAACCACAAGCAUCAUUGACAACUAAUAAUACCGAAGAUAUGUUAAAUCACAGUUCAAGUUCUUCAACAUCAGCAAAAAAGAGAAAAGCUGAAGAAUCUGAAAUAAAUGCCAAAGUACUUGAGAUUUUUUCCGAGGCAGUUACAUCGCCCAAACAAAUGUCAGGACUAGAUGGAUUUCUGAUAAGCUUGGGAGAGGCUUUAGGAAAAUUACCAUAUAGAAAAAGAGCUCAGCUUGAGAUAACAUUUUUACAGAUGGCUUUUGAUGCGGAAAAUGAUAAUUAAAUGUAUU